AUGGAGGAGCAUCCUCGGCACUGGAGACACACCCUGAUGGGUUAUGACUUUUGGCAGGAUGCAAAGCAGUACGAGGACAAGAUCAGCCAAGAGCUGGACAUCGCACUGGAUCUGGAUCUUCCCAAGCGCUUCCCAUUCAACCUCGGCCCCGAAGAAACGCCCACCAAGAGACAGCGGCGUCUGAGUAUGUCUGAUGCAGGAAAGACCGGCCUCCAGCGUCACGCUUCCCUCUCAACGGGGGUAUCUCGGUUCAGGGCCCACGAGCGCCGUACACGAUCACCCUCCCCUCGCAAGAUGAUGGCAUCUGCCAUGAACGCUCUCUCAUGUCGAGGCACCACCCCCACGAUGCCUUCUGCUCUUCGACUUCGACGACCCUCACCGUGUAAACAGCCGGAUCUGCCGCCAGGAGUUAUCGUCAAGACCCGUGAAGUGUCCCCUUCACCUGCGCCUCCACUUUCUCGUCAACCUUCACCCCCCGUGGACGACUUUGCGACUGCGGAGAACCCAUUCAUCGGGUUCCGUGGCGGUUCAACUUGGUCAGAUCUCCUUCUGACAAAGAAGACGCUAGGCCUGGAUCUGUUCUGGCCGCACAGCGAAGAAUCCGAUGAACCAGUCCGCUUGGAGAUCAAUGAGCUCAAACCACUGUGCCAGUUCCGUUCCCUGCGCUCGCUGAAGAUCACUGGCAUGUUGCAGUCUUAUCAGUCUUACAUCUGGCAGACUGCCUGGCUAAACCUUGACCUGGAAGAGCUGUCUCUAGGAAUGACACUGGAACCGAAGAUUGACAGUGCCAUCCACGCAGCACAGUGGAAACUUAUCAAAGACGGAUGGGAAAUGGACAAGAAGCGAUUUGCUGAGCCAGUGUACCAUGGAAACCUCGGUGAUGGUGCACUACACCCUGACAUUGGCUGCGGCGAAUACCUGGAUAAGCACAGUAUCGAAAAGGCCAAGAUCCUGGCUAUGGCCAUAGGCCGGACAUCCAAACGGCUCAGUAUCAAGCACCUGACUCUGUCCGGCUUCGUCGCGGAUGCGGAUCCCUUCCUGAAUUGGUUCGAUGCAGAGAAAAUGGAAAGUAUCAUAUUCAAAGGCCAGUGUAUCGAUGCCGGGUUCUGGCUGCCACUCUCUAUGGAGAAUGUCACCGUACGUCACCCGAGAACAAUUGAGUUAGGGCCUGUUGCUGUCGGGAUGGUGUCUGUCGAUGUGCAGAAAGAGUUGAAGGUGGUGAACAUGCAGGAUGGGUUGGACGUUGGCGAGAGCGCAUUCCCAGCAUCCGACGAUGAUACUCGGGCAAUCCUGCAUUUUAUCUGA